UAUUAUAAUAUAAUGGGUGCUGACAACAACUGACAAUAAUAAUAAUUAUUAUACAAGAAAAAAAAACUUAUUUGGAGUUCAUCUGCCUUCAUCCAAAUUUUCACUUUUUAUUUUGUUGCUUUUUGUUGUUUUCACUCUUGUUUAUUUUUAUAUAAAUAUAUAUUUUUUUAAAUUUAUUCAAAUUUAAUCCAACAUUGUCGUUGUGCGUUUGCCGUUUAUCAGUGUCCGUCAGUCAUCGUUAUCGUCUUUGUGUCGCGUCGUCGUCGUGUUGGUGUUAAUCGGUCGGUGGUGGUAAAUUAAAAGAAAUAAAUAAUAAGAAGUAAUUUGUCGAUCUAUAUUAUUAUUAUUUUAUUAGUUGUGCCUUGGACAUCAUAAUGAAAGUAAUGUCAUUACGUCGUCGCCGGAAUGCACUGUGUGCAAUAAUUUUAAUUAUCAAUAGUUUAUCAUAUGUGAUGGGUGCGGAAGAAGAAGAUUAUGAUGGUAGUUUGGAAGAGGAGGAGGAAGAUUCGGGGGAGAAAGUUACAAGGAAGAGUAUAAGGGAGGAUUCAACGUUAAAAGUUGAUAAAUUAAUUGCAAAAUAUGGAUAUGAAUCGGAAGUGCAUGAAGUAACAACGGAAGAUGGUUACAUUUUAAAAAUGCACAGAAUUCGAAAUACGGGCAAGCAGCCUGUGUUCCUGCAACAUGGUUUAGUAGAUAGUUCAGCUGGCUAUGUUAUUAUGGGACCAAAUGUCAGUUUAGCAUACCUCCUGGCAGACCUUAACUAUGAUGUUUGGCUUGGAAAUGCACGUGGAAAUCGAUAUUCAAGAAAUCACACAACAUUAGAUCCAGAUGAGUCAAAAUUUUGGGAUUUCAGUUGGCAUGAAAUUGGAAUGUAUGAUUUGCCAGCUAUGAUUGAUUAUGUUUUGCUAACGACUGGAUUCAAACGAAUACAAUAUAUUGGACAUUCUCAAGGUUGCACAUCAUUUUUUGUGAUGUGUUCUAUGCGACCGGAAUACAAUCGAAAAAUCAUAUCAAUGCAUGCUCUAGCACCAGCAGCUUACCUUUCCGAUACCGAAGAUCAUCCUUAUAUUAAAGUCAUAGAUUUAUAUUUAAAGAGUCUAGUUGGAAGUUCAAUAAGAGAACUCUUUACUGGUGAAUUCAGAUUUCUCUGCAGUGUUACCAAAGAAACUCGACAAACUUGCAUUGAGGCAAUAUUUACAAUAGCUGGUCGUGAUGAAGAAGAAUUCAAUGAGAAAAUGUUUCCAGUAGUACUUGGUCACUAUCCAGCGGGUGCAUCAGCAAAACAAAUAAAACAUUUUGUUCAAAUUAUCAAAACAAAUCGAUUUGCUCCGUAUAGUUAUAGUGUUUCGAAAAAUUUAGCACUUUAUAAGGAGCAUCUACCACCGAAAUAUGAUUUAACUAAAGUUAAAGUUCCAGUUUAUUUGUAUUAUUCAUUAAAUGAUUUACUUGUUCAGCCAAGUAAUGUGGAACAAUUGUUUAGAGAUCUUGGAAAUCCUGUUUCGAAAUAUUUAGUACCUUAUAAGGAAUUCAAUCAUAUGGACUUUUUAUGGGCAUCGAAUGUUAGAAUAUUACUCUAUGAUGAAGUCAUAAGGAAUUUGAAGAAAUUGAGAGCAUUGGAAUUGGAAUAAUAUUUUUGAACUACAUACAUACAUAUAUUUAUUUUAAUAAUAAAACUUAAAGUGCUAUUUAUCAUAA